CUGGUGAGUCGACGCACUUUGACGGCGAUGUGGCCCGGCGGCAGCUUGGCGCGGCGGGUCGGGUCGCUUCUCUGGCGCCGGGCCCUUUACCCUGGAGCCUGGCCUGCGGUUAGCGUGGGGCCCCGGUUUCAGCAGCUGGCGGUGGGACAGCUUCCGGCGAGACCAGCGCUCGGCCAUGCCUGCUCGGCCCCUGGCCGCAAGCGUGGCCUGCACGGGGUGCCGGGCCUGGAGGAGCGAAUCCAGGGGACAGCCGGCGAGGGGCGCCCGGAGUCAGGCCCUGCAGAUCAUACUGGUCCCAAGUUUGACAUCGAUAUGCUGGUUUCACUUCUGAGGCAAGAAAAUGCAAGAGACAUUUGUGUGAUCAAGGUUCCUCCAGAAAUGAAAUAUACUGAUUACUUUGUGAUCUGUAGCGGAACUUCCACUCGGCACUUACAUGCCAUGGCCCACUACAUUGUGAAAAUGUACAAAUACCUGAGACGUGAAAGCGAGCCUCAUGUUAAGAUUGAAGGGAAGGACACUGACAACUGGCUCUGUGUGGACUUUGGCAGCAUGGUGAUUCAUUUGAUGCUUCCAGAAACCAGAGAAAUCUAUGAAUUAGAGAAAUUAUGGACCCUACGUUCUUAUGAUGAUCAGUUAGCUCAGAUAGCACCUGAGACCUUACCUGAAGACUUCAUUCUUGGAAUAGAAGAUGAUGCUUCAUCCCUGACUCCUGUGGAGUUCAAAUGUGAAUAAAAUGGUAUGAACUGCUUUAGUCAUUGCA